UUGCCGCGCCUGCGCUUUGCGGGCUCUGGCGAAAGAGGGCUCCCGGAGGCUGAGAGAUGGAGUCGGCGGCGGAGGAGUUGAUGCCGCGGCUCCUGCCUGUGCAGGACUGCGACCUCUCGGAGGACUUCGACCCCACCGUGCCCCCCAGAACACCCCAGGAAUAUUUAAAGCGGGUCCAGAUUGAAGCUGCAAAAUGCCCUGAUGUUGUUGUGGCCCAGAUAGACCCCAAGAAAUUGAAAAAGAAGCAGACUGCGAAUAUUUCACUUUCAGGAUGCCAACCUGCCCCUGAAGGGUAUUCUCCAACUCUGAAAUGGCAACAGCAACAAGUGGCACACUUUUCAGCCAUUCGCCAGAGUGUGAACAAGCACAGAAAUCAUUGGAAGGCGCAACAUUUGGACAGUAAUGUAGCAAUCCCCAGAGUGGAGGAUGAAGAAGGCUGGAAAAGGUUUUGUCUAGGCGAAAAGUCCUAUUUAGACACAGCUGUUGAAGUAUCCAGAGAUGAAGAUCAAGGAAUUGAUUAUGUACAAAUUGGCUUUCCUCCAUUGCUGAGUAUUGUUAGCAGAAUGAAUCAGGCAACAGUAACCAGUGUCUUGGAGUACCUGACAAACUGGCUUGCAGAGAAGGAAUUUACUCCAGAACUGGGCAGAUGGCUUUAUGCGCUAUUGGCCUGUCUUGAAAAACCAUUGUUGCCAGAGGCUCACUCCCUCAUUCGGCAGUUGGCCAGACGAUGCUCUGAAGUGAGAGUCAUGGAAGAAAACAAGAAUGAUGAAAAAGUGUCUGCUCUGAACUUGUUAAUUUGUUUAGUUGGCAGGUAUUUUGACCAGCAUGAUCUGGCUGAUGAAGCAUCCUGACAAGUCUGGAAAGCAUAAAAGCAUUGGAUGCCAUUGUUUCUAAGGCACUAUGCAAGCCAGUGUUAUUAGCUAGCUCCUCUGUGACAAGUGUGACGAACAGCAGAGAUAUCCCAUCUUCCGGUGUGAUCUCCCUGAGUAGAGGGGGAAUUCUGUAGAAAAUGAAUAGUUGGAAUGUCUUUUUAGCAAGUGUGGCUGGAAAACUCAGCUUGGAAAAGGUCACCAACACAGUGCCUAAAACACUUUCUGAAGGACUCAUUUGCCUGUAGCUAGUGUGUGAUUGCAGUUCAUAUACCAAACUCCUCCUCAUUGAAGCUACACCACGGAACAAGACUGAUUCUGUCAUUGAAAACCCUGCAGGACUGAAUCUGGCUACUGUAAAGUUUUUAUAAUACUAUGUUUUUAUAAAUAAAGUUAUUCAAAAGAGU